AUGUUUCCUACAGUGGUGGAAGGCCAAACUGUUGACACAAAUAAUCAACAGAAUGUGCAACCUACUACUGCAGUUCCUGAGAAUAAGAGGAAGAUUGUUGAGUCCAGAUCUCCAGUGUGGGAUCAUUAUGAAAAAAUUAAGGAUAGUACUGGUGUUACUAUCAAAGGCAAGUGUAUAUAUUAUGCCAAAAUAUAUCAAUGUCAGUCUAAAAAGCAUGGUACUACCUCCUUGAGAAACCACAUGCUUAGCUGUCUGAAAAACCCCCACUCUAAAGACACUAGACAAUCACUGUUAACCUUUCAAGCUAUUACAAAUUCUGAUGCAUCUCCUGCUACUGUUGGUGAGUUAGGAACUUGGGUCUUUAACCAGGAAGCUAUUAGGAGGACCUUGGUUGAAAUGAUUAUAAUUGAUGAACUGCCUUUUAGAUUUGUGGAGGGUCCAAGGUUUAGGAAGUUCAUUCUGGUGGCUUGUCCUAGGUUUAAGAUUCCAUCUAGAUGGACAAUUAGUAGGGACAUCAAUCUGAUUUAUGAAGAGGAAAGAUUGAAGUUGAAAUGUGUUUUUAGGGGGAACACUCAAAGAGUCAGUAUUACAACUGACACUUGGACUUUUAUUCAGAGAAUUAACUACAUGGUAGUGACUGCCCAUUUUAUAGAUGAAGAGUGGAAGCUUAACAAGAAGAUUAUCUCAUUUGUCCCUAUUACAUCACAUAAGGGUGAGGCUGUAGCAAAAGUCCUUGAAACCUGUUUGCUUGAUUGGGGGAUUAGGAAUGUGUAUAGUAUAACUGUAGACAAUGCUUCAUCUAAUGACACUGCUAUAGGUUUUUUAAAAAAGAAAUUGAUGUCUUGGGGAACAUCUACUGUGAAGGGCAAGUAUAUUCACAUGAGAUGUAUUGCCCAUAUUCUGAACCUUGUUGUCCAAGAUGGCCUGAAACAAUGUGAUUCUUCUGUGAAGAGGGUAAGGGAGGCUGUAAGAUAUGUGAGGAGUUCACCUGCUAGACUUAAGAAAUUUAGGGACUUGGCUGAGUACCUCCUAGUCCAGUCCUGGGCUUAUGAUACCGUAUGGAGCCACUGUCGAAAGUGGAAUGGGAUUGAACAGAAAUCAUCUUUGUGUCUAGAUGUUCCAACCAGAUGGAACUCUACAUAUCUUAUGUUACAAUCUGCAAUUACUUAUGAGAAAGUGUUUGAGUCACUUGAAGAAAGUGAUACUGCCUACAAAUCAGAUCUGUCUGAUGCUGUUCCUACUUUUCUUGAUUGGGAGUCUGUGAAGAGUUUGGUGGAGAUCUUGAAAUGUUUUUAUGAUAUGACAAUAAGAAUUUAUGGUUCUUUAUAUGUCACUUCUAACACUUUCUUUUCUGAAAUUUCUGAUUUAUACUGCCUCUUGAAUGGCAUGGUUGAAGCGGGAGGGUCUGUGAAACUGAUGGGAGAAAAUAUGAAGGCUAAAUUUGAGAAAUAUUGGGGGGAUAUAGAUAAAAUGAACUUGAUGAUAUUCUUUGCAAACAUUCUAGACCCAAGAGACAAGUUAGAGUACAUGGCAACACAGAUGAAUCACAUGUAUGGUGAGGAAAAAGGUAAACCAUACUAUGAGAAAGUGAUUGCAGCCUUAAAAGAGUUGUUUAAUGAUUAUGCUGUCUCUACUCCUGUCUCUACUCCUGUCAGUACUCCUACUGAUUUUUCACAGUCUACAGUUGGGAGGCCCCAACAUUUGUUAAAAUGGUGGAAGUUGAAUGCUGAAAGGUUUCCUAUCCUUUCUAAGAUAGCUAGGGAUGUUUUAGCUAUACCAAUAUCUACUGUUGCAUCAGAAUCUGCCUUCAGUACAUCUGGUAGGGUUUUGGAUCCUUUUAGGAGUUCAUUAACUCCUAAAAUUGUGGAAGCUUUGGUCUGUACGCAGGAUUGGCUUAGGCUAUCAAAUACCCCAUUAUCAAUUGAGGAAAAUCUGGAGGAAUUGGAGAGAUUUGAACAAGAAAUUGGUACUGAUGGUGGCAGUGGAACUGGAAGGAGUGGUGGUUCUACACUUGCUAUAAUUCCUCAAUUUCCCCUUAAUCCUAACUUUGAUAUAGAUAAAAAGCUUACUGAGCCAAUUUUGAGUGUUUACAAGAAGAUGAAGAAUAAUAGGAAGAGAUUAGGAACUCUAGGAAGACUAGGAAGUAGGAACUUGGAAUAUUCAUUAGAGUAA